GUGAUCACAAGCCUUGUAACAACCAACAACUAAAUAAGAAAAAUGAGGAGAUUCGCUAUUAUUGUGAUUGCCUUAGUGUUCGCACCUGGCUUACAGGCUGGUAUUGGUAACUUUCCGGCACCUAUGCCCCUUCCAGAAACCGAGACCAUUCCCCUUCCAGAAGCCAAACCCCUUCCAAUUCCAGAUGUAGAAGCUGUCAUUCCAGAACUCGGUGUGAUCAAUCCAUGUGACGCUUGUUUCCAAUACAUGACUGCCCUCAUUGACCAACUCACAGAAGUCGCCGUUCCAGAAAUUCCAGUACAUCCUGAACUACCAGAAGUCGAACUUGAACCAGAAGUACCAGAAAUUGGUAGACCACUUCCUGAAAUCGUGCCAGAGGAUAUCAGACCUCUACCUAUCCCAGUAGCUCCUGAGGUUGAAGUUAAUCCUAUCCCAAUCCCAGUAGCGCCAGAAACUGACGUAAGACCUCUGCCCAUUCCAGUGGCUCCAGAAGUAGAAAUUAUACCCAUCCCCAUCCCAAUCGCACCAGAAGCCAGUGCUCCACCAGCUGGCUCUUGGGAACUUCUUCCAGAAGAUUAUUAGAACAGAAAAUAAAUUAUAACAGCAAUAAUAUAACGAUUUAGAUAGAAUAAAUAAAAUAAUUUGGUACUAAACA